AUGGAGCGUAAAAUGACUGAGUACCGGAGAUUGUGGGCGACCCAGAACCCGGAGUCAGCGGCCCGGUCGAGAACCGUAGUAUGCUAUGGCACACCGCCUGUCGCUCACACCUACGACCACAGGGCACCGUGUCUCUUGUACCAACCAUGCGACUUCGAACGGCGCUUCCGCGCACGCGGUGACGUGCGCUGCCCGUUGGUUGGGACCUUUGAGAAACUCAAGAAACUGCGGAGUUCGACCUUCCUGAAGGCUUCGCGUCAUCGAGCCUUGGCCAUACGGCAUUUGGAAUUACCUGUGAUGAGAACCGAUGAUACUUCCAGGGAGCCAGGUUUUGCUCGAGACGCGGGCAAGAAGAAUGUGACGAUGCUAAUUUCUACUCCUACCCUCUUGCCUGUUAUCCCUAAUGGGAUGCGCACACCUAGAAAAUCAUCCGCUGAUCGUCCUGCCAUACAUUCACAGGAUAUUAUCGUGGACACGCAAGCAUCUGAUUAUGUACCGGAACUGCUGCCCCGGCGUUACCGGAAGGAUCUGAAGCCGCUGAACGGUAACCUGAAGGGCCGCCACAUUCCGGGUUACGAAUCGCUGGUCGAGUGGCAGAAGCGCGGAGAUUCCGCGUUGGCUUCAAUCCCCUCGCAUGGUUUUCACUCAUUCAUGAUGUUUGGUGCCGUGAUGGGACGCAGUGCCUAUACCGCCUGGCUAUCAGUACUGUGCCAUAAGUAUGCCGACUCCCGCCCUUCCAUUCCACGCGUAAGCAGGCCUUUGAUCCCCAGACGCAAGUGGUGGAAACACGCCAGAAUAAUCUGUCUAAUGGGUGCGCGACGGGUGUCAUCAAGUAAUUUCGACGCCUUCGUGACUAAAGCUGCCGAUGGCACGGCAAAGAAGCUACCGAAUGCCAUCUGCUUGCACGAGGAGGACAACGGGAACCGGCCGGAAACACUCCACUGGCGCACCGGUCGCGCUGCAGACCCGCAACCGGAACUAAUCGUGCAAUUUUAUCACCGCUGGCCAACUACGAGUGCCGCCGUGUUUGCCUACAAAGCCCGACCUUGCAGGUGGCAUCACCGUGGAGUCGCGCGCAACUGGCAUCCUGAACGCGUCAACAUCAUACGGAAUACGGCAACGUGGCCGCGGAGCCCACAAACUAUCCUCUUAGCAACGCAGCUAUCAAGCAGCAGACCCCAACUCGAUCCAGCCAAGCGCGCCCAGUUCGCAGCACCAUGUUCCGCGGACCAAGUACCGCGACUGGGAGCUGUACGGAGGACGGGUACACACUCGCAAAAGUCAGCAGAGGAUUGGCGUGAGCAUCGACGCGGUUCACGCGGAGAUUCAGUGGACGACAAUGGACGUGGUGGCGGAAGCCGCUCGAACGCCAACCUGCGCGUGGAAGAUUGGCUCCAGAUUAACGAGUGCAAGCGAAGGAAACUGGUGUCGCAGCGAGAUCCAAUCUGGUGCACGAUGCGCGACGAUAUAGAAUAUUCCUCGACCUCGACCUUCCGAACAGUCGACUACCAGAUUGAAAACGCUCGGUGCACGCGCAGAAGGCUUUUGGCAACACUAACGGGAUGGUCGGCCGGGACCUGCGUCCCCGUUGCCGUGGAACAGGACUGGUUCUUUCGCUCGGUCUACAUUGUCAAGAGAUACAUGGCUGAGCAGGAACAGGAGGAGUGUUCCCGAGAACUGGAGAUGGGCCAGCCGGCUAUUCCGGUGCAUUUACGUACUGGGACAGAAAAAUGGUCAUCAGAAAAUGUUGCCCGCCAUCCAGGACUCAGACACAUGACACCAAUCUUCCUGAGCCAAGGCGAUUCCAUCACGCCGUACCAGGACCCGCCGAUUAAGCAUAUUCAUGAUUGA